AUUUUCUUGUCAUUUCGUUAUUUUAUCAGCACAUAUUUCCAAAGGGCGUUUAAUUUAUAGAAAAUAUGUGGAAAUAUUUAUUAUUAAUAUUUGCUGUUGCAAAUUAUAGCAAUGCUGUGCUACAAACAGAUGCUGAUACUUUGGUUUUACUGGACAAUUUGGCCAUACGUGAAACACAUUCCAUGUUCUUUAAAUCAUUGCAGGAACGCGGCUUUAAAUUGACCUACAAAUUAGCUGAUGAUGCCAGUCUUCUGUUGUCGCGUUAUGGUGAAUAUCUAUACAAAAAUUUGAUCAUUUUCGCUCCCAGUGUGGAGGAAUUUGGUGGAGAAUUGAGUGUGGAAAAAUUGGCCCAAUUUGUGGAUGAUGGUGGCAAUGUGUUGGUGGCCGGCAGUGAACAAUCCGGUGAUGCCUUAAGAGAAUUUGCCUCAGAAUGUGGUUUUGAAAUCGACGAAGAAGGUGCUUCUGUAUUGGAUCAUUUGCACUAUGAUCUUUCCGAUAAGGGAGACCAUACCACAAUUCUAACAGCUGCCCGCAAUUUGAUCAAUUCUCCCACAAUUGUUGGUGACAGUCGUAAAAUUGGUGGCAAACCUUUGUUGUACCGUGGUACUGGUUUAUUGGCCGACAAAGAAAAUUCUUUAGUUUUGCAAUUGUUGACUGCCGAAAGUACUGCCUACAGUUACAAUCCCGAUCAAGCCAUUAAAGAUUACCCACAUGCUGUUGGCAAGAAUACCUUGUUGAUUGCUGCUCUUCAGGCUCGCAACAAUGCCCGUGUUGUUUUCUCAGGUUCUUUGCAUUUCUUCUCCGACGAAGCUUUUACCAACCCCAUUACUUAUGCUCAAAGUGGUGAACAUUUCGAACACUCUGGAAAUCGCGAUGCCGCCUCGUCCAUUAGCAAAUGGGUAUUUGGUGAAACUGGCCGUCUACGUGUUGCUGAAGUUAAACAUCACAAGGAGGGAGAAACCCAACCCCCAGAGCAAGCCUACACUAUCACAGAACCCGUUGUCUACUCGAUAACCAUCGAGGAGUUGGUGCAGGACAAAUGGCAAGCUUUCAAUGCCAACGAUGUACAAUUGGAAUUUGUUCGCAUUGAUCCCUUUGUACGCACCACACUUAAACAUGUCACUGGUGGUCGCUUCGAAGCCAAAUUUAAAAUACCCGAUGUCUAUGGUGUGUACCAAUUUAAGGUCAAUUACGAUCGAAUUGGCUAUACCCAGCUGUACAGCACCACCCAGGUCUCGGUGAGACCUUUAGAGCAUACUGAAUAUGAGCGUUUCAUACCCAGUGCUUUCCCCUACUACAGCAGCGCCUUCUCCAUGAUGGUGGGUGUAUUUAUAUUCUCUUUGGUAUUUUUACAUUUCAAAGAAGAAACUGCCGGAACUGGUGCCGUUAAGAAGGGAGACAGCAAGAAGACUCAAUAAGUUGAGAGAAGUUGGAGUGAGAAAUAUGAAAGAGCGGGAAUUUGUCGCCCCCAUUUCUGAGUUUAUAACUGGAAAGUAUUUGUAUUGAGAACUUUUAUAAAUAAAGAAAAUUUAAAGUCUAAUAAACAA